AUGGCUCCCAAAAACAAGGCCCAGAAGAUGUCUAUGAGCACCUUCUUGGCAGAUGAAAGUCUUGGAUCUUGGGCUGAUGAGAUGGAGGAUAUGCCCCUUCCUUCCACCCAGCCAUUGAGUUCCACUUUCAACCGUCGCCCCAUGGGUGACAUGGGAUAUGGCUCCAGCUCCGGCGGUUUCGAGCGUGAGCGUGGUGGAUAUGCCGUCCGGGAGCCUCUUGAUCUCCCCACUCAGCCCCCCUACACUUGCCACGUUGGCAAUCUUUCCUUCGAAGCGACCGAGGCCGACAUUUCCGAGCUUUUCGCUGGAUGUGGUGUGACGAACGUCCGUGUCGUGGAGGAUAAGUUGACUAAGGCCCCCAAGGGUUUCGGAUAUGUCGAGUUCGAGACCGUCGAGGGUCUGCAGAAGGCUUUGGAUCUCUCUGGAUCGUCCCUCCAGGGACGCUCCAUCCGUACCAGUGUUGCGGAGCCUCCCAAGGAAUCCCGCAUGGAAGGAAAGGAUCUUGAUUGGUCCCGCCGUGGCCCUCUCCCCGAUAUUCCCCAGCGCCGUGUGCCCGAGCGCUCCAGCUUCGGACGUGGCAUGGAUGCCGGCUCCGAUGCCGGCAGCGAGCGCGGUGGCCGUCGCAGCAACUUUGAGUCCGAUGGAAAGCCCCGUGACUUCAACAACUGGGAGCGCAAGGGUCCCCUCUCACCCUCUGCUGGUGCCCCGCGUGAGGGUGGCCGUUCCAACAGCACCGAGGGAGCCGGGCCCGGUUCUAGCUUCCGCAGAAACGAGGCCGCAUGGGGUGAAGGUCGUUCCCAGGAUGAGGGCUCGCGCCCUCCCCGCCCCGAGCACGUUCGCCCGGAACCUACACCUACCGCUGCCGAUAUGGACAACCAGUGGCGCGCGAGAAUGCGUCCCGACGAAACCCCUAAGGAGCCCACCAGCCCCGCAUCCCCCUCUGCCACACCUGCCGUGCCCGUCGCGCCUGCUGGCCGUCCUAAAUUGAACCUGACAAAGCGCACUGUCUCAGAGAACCCCUCCGUUGCUACUUCAGCCGGCAGCGACUCCAAGGCCAGCCCCUUCGGUGCCGCUCGCCCCAUUGACACAGCUACCCGCGAGCGUCAGGUCGAGGAAAGACGCCAGCUUGCCAUCCGUCAGAAGCAGGAAGCCGCCGAGAAGGCCAAGGCCGAAAAAGCCGAAAAGUUCGCUGAAAAGCAGAAGCAGGCUAAAGACGCAGCCCCUGCCGUGGAUCACAACGGCAAGGAUGUUCUUGAGACCCCCAGGGGUGGCGGCAACUUCGAGGUCCUCCAGCGGGCCGGUGAGGAUGGUGAUAUGGCCACCGAUAAGGAGGCAGAGGAGACAGCGGCUGCCGCUCCUGCGGAAGCAAAGAAGGAGAUUGCCAAUGGCUGGAGAACUCCGGCCGCCGAGGCUGGUGCUGGCGGUGACGAUGAGGGAUGGAGCACGGUCAGCGUGAACAAGCGCAACAACCGCCGUGGACAGACUGGUCGUGGAUUCGCAUAA